GUUUGUUGGAGGGGGGAGAAAGAAUUUUCCACUCCUCGAUCCCUUUUCUUCGAGCUACCCCUCCUGGGUUUAUUAUUUUUUUUUCAAGUAAAGACUAAGUGAAUUUCAUUCGAAGCUUUGUCGUCCAUUGUUUCAUAACCGAAGUAUUUAAAUACCGACUUAAAAACCCGUCCCAACCAAAACUGCCUACAGUUUGUCAGGCCAGAGAAAUUCCGUUUUGGCAAAAAAAAAUCGACUUGUGGGGGGGCUUCGCUUUACGACUGUAAGCGUUGUCUUAACCAUUGUUCUAUCAACGAUCUGGAUAUGAGACUUGUGCUGAACUCUUGACAGAAUUUAAAAGCUGUAAUGAAUGGAUGUUAAAAUGCCAAGGAAAACACCUCACAAGUCACAGAUCAAGAAUGGUAGACCAUCACUUGAAACUAUUGAAUAUGGACAUAGUCCUGGUGGACUUGCAUCAACACAGUUCUUAUCUGGAGGUCUGGGUAGCCUGCCAAAGAAGAUCAAAGUGGAAGACAAGCGAGCCCUGUCUACACCACAAUCUGCACCUAAUUCAUCUAAAAUGUGUGCUCCAAAAAUUGGCACAUUGGAAAACAAUACUACCACUCCCACUCUACCUCAAGGGGCUGCAGCAGAACGGCAGCAUCAUUUGCAAAAGAAAGAUGUUCGCAGACGUCUGGACAUGGAGCUAGCCCCUGAUACACAAUCACCCCUGCCUACCAGUACCACUUCUGAUGGGUUCAAAACCCCAAAAGCAAAGCGUGCCAGGACUAAAUCAGCUGCUGUUACUGUGCCUACAUUGUCAUUCAGUCCUUCACCUCAGAGAAAUCGAAGUAGUGCUGUAGAUAGAAGCAGAUUUGAUUCUUCAUUGGGCUUAUUGACCAAGCGUUUCUUGGGUCUUCUCCAAAGUGCUGAAAAUGGAAUCCUAGACUUGAACCUGGCAUCUGUGACACUUGCUGUUCAAAAGAGACGUAUUUAUGACAUCACAAAUGUUUUGGAGGGCAUUGGACUCCUGAAGAAAAUUUCCAAGAACAACAUCCAGUGGAAAGGCUCAGACUCUCCCGCAGAUUCGGCCGAGUCUCAGCGAGGUCUAAACCAAGAUUUGGCUGACUUAGAAGCCAAGGAAAAUCAACUUGAUGAGUUGAUUUCUUCCACUGAGAGCCAACUUCGGAGUUUAAGUGAAGAAAAAAGAUACGCUUAUGUCACGUACGGUGAUCUAAAAUCUAUUGCAGAAUACAGAGACAAUACUGUGAUGGCAGUUAGAGCACCUCCUGAAACCAAAUUACAAGUACCUCAUCCUUCUGAAGGAUACCAAAUCCACAUGAAGAGCGAAAAAAGUGAAAUUGAAGUUCUUCUCUGUCCCGAAGAUGAAUCCUCCUCGUCUUCUUCCUCAUCUCCAUCUUCAAAAGAAUCCAGUGGAUUUCCUAGCCCGGUUACAAACGGAGCGAUGAGAGCCCGGUCACAUCGAUCUAAUAGAAGCGGUCAAUUUAUGCCCCAGUUCAGUGAUGACGAAGAUCAAGGUUUGUUACUGGAAACAAUGGACCAAAACCAGCAGUCGGGUUGUGAAUCUGGACUCGACAUUUCCUCAGUUACAAUCCCCGCCGCUAAUGAGCCGUUUCUUUGCUUGGAACCGCCUAUUGACGAAUCGGCUUAUAUGUUCUCAAUGGACGACGCCGAGGGCAUUUCCAAUCUAUUUGAUUUUUCAUUUUAGAAACCUAGAUUCGCCUAUUACUAUAGAAAUUGCACCUACUAUAAUAUUGAUAAACCACAUGGAGUUUGUUUGGGGUAGGGUUACGAGAAUUUCAUUAACGUGUUGUAUUAUGAUCACUCUCAUACUCCUUCUCUCCUGUGGUUUUUUUUUUUUGUUUUUUUUUUUUUUUUUAACUUAAAGCUCUUAAUAUUCAGAUAUGCGCAAAUCAGUCAGUAUUUUUCCAUCGUUUUUAUCCUAGAGAGCUGAUACGCGUUUGCCAUCCAUUGUUUACCUUUUCCCAGCUCAUUUCCUACUCAUAAUUCACCAUCACUAAAAUUAUUUUAAAAACACAAAAGCCCAAGAAGGUAAUGGGCAUUAAAGGCCUUAGGUCAAUCGACUUUUGGCGACUAUUUUAGUUUGUUGGUUGAGUAGAAGGCUAUAUACAUGAGUGCAAGAGAUCCUUCGAUUUUUUCCUCUUUUCUCCACUCCUAACAUACUCCUUUAAAUAUUGCAAGAAAACUUGCAAAAUCAUUUGGGUAUGUUAAUGUUUCCUUCAUGCGUGUGUUUUAUACUUCGUUGCCGAUAAGCCCCAUGCGUAUUGAUGUCGCAGGAUCGCCUCCUCCACCCGGAAUAAGGUAUUUGUAGCCACCCCUAUUUUCACCUAGAUUUUAAGUUUUGUUCAGUUGAACUGCCAUUUUGUGCCGAUGAUUUUCCUCCGUGAUGAUUAUCACGGAGCUGUGUAUGUGACUGUGUGAACAUGUAUGUGUGUCUCCGUGAGCUGAAUAUUUCCCGCUGCGUUUGAACGUGUCGGACUUGAUAACGCUUUCACGUUUUCCCCGUGUUUCGGCUCAAGUGAAUAAUUCUUUCCCCCCCCAAUUGCUAUCUCCCUUUUUCCCUUAAUUUUGUGGAAUACAGUUUUACACUUGAA